AUGAAAAUCAAAACACAAAUCAGUUUUUAGAAACUCGCCAAAUUUUAUUCAAAAAGAGUGUAUUUUUUUUUAAUAUUGUCAAAAUCUGAUAAAAUGGAACCAGAGAUGAACACUAUCAAUUUGUUUGAAACCAUGAAUAAUUUUGCCCCAGAAAAAACAUAUGUUAAUGAUAAUGAAGGCAACAAAAAUAAACAUCCGACAGAUGCAAUCCGCAUGGGAAAAAAAGCUGGUCGGCCACGGAAACCCCGCCCGGAGAUCUUAUCUGUAGAAGAGUACGAUCGUGAUGCGCAACAAGAAUCUGAAGGAAUCGAUGCCGCCAAUAUCCACAACUCAUCUGAGAGCAAAGAGAAAACAAGUCGCAAAAGAGGUCGUCCUCGUUUGAAACCACUGGAAGAAGGUCCCCUACGAGAAAAGAAGAAAAGAGGCCGCCCGAAAGACGAAACAAGAUCAAACGUGACCUGUAAUCUUUGUGGAAAAUUUUUCAAGUAUCGAGUUCUGCUGAAGCGACAUGAGCAAACCCACUACGGAAUUAAGGAGUAUGAAUGUGAAAUCUGCCACAAACGGUUCUUACAGAAAGGUGGUCUCACAGUGCAUCUCCGACAGCACACGGGAGAACGCCCGUAUAAGUGUCCGUACUGUCCGGCAAGCUUUCGAGGUCAGUCUUCGCUGGACUGUCACGUGUUUCGUCAUACCCAGCAGGGAACAAAGUGUCCACAGUGCCCUUCGGUGUUUGCAACGCCAGCGAUUGUCAAGCAACAUAUCAGAGAGGUCCACACGACGGAAAAACCUCACACGUGUCAAAUCUGUGGGGAAAGUUACAAGCAUCGAAAGAGUUUAACAACUCACCUGGAGGAUCAUGACAAGCGUAUUUGUACGGUAUGCGGGAAGGUUUUCAACACAAUGUUUGCCCUGAUGACGCACAGGCACAUACACGAAGUUAAUCCCAAGUGCAGUUACUGUAACAGGUCGUUCAAAUCAGAUGAGGAGCUGCAAGCUCACAGCAAACUUCGAGGACGAGCUUAUCAGUGCGAAAUGUGUUGCUACAGUUUUAACAAAGCUGAAUUUUUGAACAAUCAUCACCGUAGGGACCACUGGAAAGAACUAGGGCUGGAGCGAUUGGCCCGGAAAAUUGUUCCACGGCCUAAGAAACCUAAACCAGAAGGUCCCAAGGUGAAAAAAUCCAGAGCUCUGUUGCCAAUUAUUACGAUCGAAAGCGUUCCACAGGAUGAUACGAUUGACAAAAUCGAUGUCACGUUACCGCUACUUGAUCAAGUAGUGGAAGCUACCCAACAACAAGCAAUACCAGUUUUACAGUCUGAAUCAAAUGUGAAGCCUUUCUCAAAUAUAAUCGCCAACGAAGCAACUGUGCCGACUGAGCUGAACGACUUGGCUUCAAUCGACAAGGAAGGAAUUGAUUGCAAUAAUUCGGAUUUUGAUGUUAACGACUCGGAGUCUGUUGCGAAAUCGAAUGAUCCGGAUGAGGUAAAAAUUAAAGAUGAAGCGAUUUCUCAGGUUGAUGAAUCGACCAUGCCAUUGCCGUCCUUAUUGGUGCCGGGCGAUUUUGUCAAGGUGGAAAUCACUGAAGCACAAAAGCUCGUUGAAAAUGGACAGCCAGAAGCUUCCAAGGCAAAUCCGAUCGAGGGGGGCACGGCAGGAGUGUUGGAGAAAAAGAAAGAGGAACCGUCUGAUAGCGAAGACGAUAACGUUCCGCUGGCGGCGCUAAAUUCGGCAAGUAUAUUCCGACUUCGCAAAAAAAGAAAAUCGCCAAUUCUUGAUUCAGAGCUUCCGAAUUCGGGCGAUGACUCAUCGGAUGACGGUAAACUGUAUUCAAUUGGCGGUCCAUCAGCCAGUGAGGAUGGGUCAAGUUCAUCGCAAUCGAGCCAAGACGAAGAAGACGAUGUCGAAAUCGAUAAACCGAAGCCGAAGCGCAGACGAAGACGAAAACAAGGAGCACAUGAGGGAAUGAAAGGGGCCUAUAGGAAGCGCGAUUUAAAGUGCGUUAUGUGUGGAGAAGUUUUCCAGGGAAGGGUGGCACUUAGGGAACACAAGCAAUCCGCACAUGGCGACGGGAAGAACACUGGACCAAUGGUUUGCGAGCUGUGCGGCAAAAAAUAUGCCACCGUAACAUCCUUAGCCGUCCAUCGGAGUCAGCACAAGGAAUACCAAAGGUUCAAGUGUGACGAGUGUCCAAAGGCCUUCACGUUUCAGUGUUAUCUGGACAAUCACAUACGGAUAGAGCACCGCCAUGAAAGGUUAAUCUGUCCACUUUGUGGCAAACUUUUCAAGUACGGGCCUGAUUUGAAGCGCCACUCGCUUCAACACGAAGAGGAAAAACCGUUCAAGUGUGAGGAGUGUCCGGCAGCUUUCCGACAUCCUAGCGCUCUGCACAGCCACAAAGCAAUUCACGAAAAAUUGGUUUUCACGUGCCCUAUCUGCAAAAAAGAUUUCCGAUAUGCUAAUAGUUUGCGAGUGCACAAGCGUCUGCACAGUGGAGUGAAGCGCUUCCGAUGUGAGAUAUGUGAUAGGGAGUUCAGCCAGAAGGCACCGUUGAUGAAACACAUGACGAUCCAUUCGGUGGAUCGACAAGUUAAGUGCGUAGUUUGCGAUAAGGUUUACUACAAAAAGGUCGAACUGAUAAUUCAUCAGGCGAAGGAGCAUCCGAAUCAUCCGCUGAUCGGAAAGACGAUCAAAAUUCAUGCAUGCGAAAUUUGCGGAAUGGAGUUCACGAAGGAGGGUCACCUGAGGAUACAUUCCGACAUCCAUGGGAACGAGUACAGGUUCAAAUGUGAUAUGUGCGAAGAUCAAAAGUUCAAGCAAAAGGCCGGAUUGAGGCAUCACUGGAAACAUUUCCACCACAUGGAGCCACCGAAAAGAAAUCUAAAUAAGAAACCGGAGGAGAAAAAGGUCGAGAAGGUAGUGGUUCGUACAGUGACUGGUGCCGAUUUGAUGCCGCCUGUGCCGAUCGGGGAAGCGCAGAACGAUUUUGAAUUCAUGAUGCAACGCAUAGAGUGCGAAGCAGCGGUGUCUAAUUGAGACGGUUAUUGUGGUUCAGGAAUAACCAGGUGGAUAGCCUUAGGUGAGGUUUUUAUUUAGCCUUGCUAGCAAAGGCGUUGGAUUGUCUUCAUCAUUCAUGGCUGUUGUUGGCUUAACUUUUUAUUAGACUCUCAUCCCGCAGCUAAGACAUUUCCGUAUCUCGGCUUAGUAUUUAUUAAUAAUCACAUUUUCACUCACUCACUUUUUCACACUAACAUCGUCUUUUCAAGAUUCAAGUCUUAAGCAGCAUAAUCAGCAUGAUCCAUGCGAAAACUGCCUUAAAGGCUAAGCCUUCACGGCGACAAGAUGUAUGACGAAACGCGAAAAAGCAAGCAUUGAGUAGAACAAGAAGCAUUAAUGCGUGAUUGCGUGGCACUGCAUUAACGAACGCUGCGGCUAGACAGGACAGUACACUGACUACUUGCAGUUUCUUGGGAAAACGACUGAAGAGACAUUUGAUUUAUCGUUGGUAGCCCAAUUGCACGGCGUGUAUGUGUAGUGCGUAGGAUUUUGUUUUUCUGAUGUAUGGCAUAAGCCAGUUUGGUUCAUAUUUAGCUUGUGAAUGUGUUAUGAUCGAUCGCUGUGCUUUCAAUCAUUUUUGGAGCGCCAGAAAUGUCGGAAAAAUGCACUAGUUGAUACAACAGCGAGCAUUAUCAAACGUUGAAAGCUUAUUAGUAAUAAGCAAAAAUUGUACAUAUUGUACUCUCUGAUACUCCGAUAUUUAUUGUACUUAAACCGUAAUUUUAUCGUUCAUACCCAGUGAUAUUUUAUUGCAAAUUAAGAUAUAGAAUCAAAACUACUAUAUAAUUUAUGUAAUCUUAUGUUGAUAGACACAUGGUAUGGUAUGGCAUAGCAAAAGUUAUACAUAUUGAAAAAUAAUAAAAUCGAAUCAAAUUUGGUAAA